CUUGCUCAACUAUCCAUAUUGGAUAGCUGGCCUACAGGCAUUUAGCGGCAAUGAGAUGCAAGACAUGCGAGAAACCAAAGGUAAGCUAUCGGAAGGGGUUGUGGUCGCCGGAUGAGGACCAGAAGCUGAGGGAUUACAUCCUCAAGCAUGGCCAUGGCUGCUGGAGCACUGUUUCUGCCAAAGCCGGCUUACAACGAAAUGGAAAGAGCUGCAGAUUGAGGUGGAUCAACUACCUGAGGCCAGGACUAAAGCGUGGCAUUUUCUCCGCUGAGGAAGAGGAAACAGUUAUAAAGCUUCACGCCAUAUUGGGCAACAAGUGGUCUCAGAUAGCGAUGCACCUACCGGGAAGAACGGAUAAUGAAGUGAAGAACUACUGGAACUCCUACCUUAAGAAGAAGGUUGUAAAGUUAGAGGGAUCAAAUUCUCAUGCCUCAACAACCAAAUCUCAAGACUCAGCUAACCAAAGCCCAGAGAUGAGGCAGAUUUCUGAAUCUCUUGAGCCACUGGAGCCACCCAUGCAAGGUAGUAUCGACCAUGAUUCUUUUGAAGGGACACAACUUCCGCCCUUUCCCAAAGUUCUGUUUGCAGAUUGGUUAUCCAUGGACCAUACCACCAGCCAGAGCUUGCUAAACUCGAAUGCUGGAAUGAAUUGCCAACUGGACUCCAAUUCGAAUGCUGAUGUUUUCCAGUAUGGUUCAUUUCAAGUUGAUGAUCCACCUAGCAGUGAUUUUCUUCAUGGAUUUGGAGACAGCAGCAUCUGUGGGGAGUUUCAGUUACAGUUUGAGCAUGGAGGUCAGAUCCUGGGAGGUGCAUGUUACAAUUAUCUGUCCAUGGAUGAUAAUGGGGUUAGUUUUACUUGAUUCAUCACAUAAGAUUAUGAAUGUAGUAAGAGCUGAGAUCAAAUGUUCUACUUGUUAGUAGA